AUUAUAUAAAGGAGAUGAGAAAAUGGAUGGGGAAAAUGGGAAUCCAGAGGUGUUAUUAUGGGGAAGCCGGGUUGGUCUACGCCUCUGCUAUUCCAAUCAAAGCUCUUCUGUUUCUCUCUGUUUUACCUUAUCUCCUCCAUUUUCCUCGCUCUCUACACUUCUUUCUCCUCCUCCAAAUGCCUCUUCCGAUACUCUCCCUUCGAUCCCAUCCAGUUCCCUCUCUUCUCCUAUCCCUCCUCCUAUGGCGAGCACAAGUACGCCAUUCCCACCCUCCGCUCCUCCUGCUCCACCCCUAUCUUCUUCUCAGGUAAUGCUGUGGAAUUCCUCUUGGCGGUCCUCCAAUUUGAGGUAUCUCGCUGGUAAUGCAGAUAGUUUCGGCGGCAAUUUCUCUGCCGAAAAGCGAUUUUCAUAUUUCGAUGAUAAUAUUUCUGUCCCGAUUCCUUGUGGAUUUCUCAAGAAUUUUCCUGUGACUGAUUCUGAUCAAACUGCCAUGGAGAGUUGCAACGGCGUGGUUGUGGUUUCGGCGAUUUUCAACGAUCACGAUAAAAUUCGGCAACCGAGAGGCCUCGGAUCGAAGACUUUGGAUAACGUGUGUUUUUUCAUGUUUGUUGAUGAUACCACGGUGAGAGGACUCGAAAACCACAAAAUAAUUCCUACAAGAAACUCGUAUCCGGAUAUAAUCGGAGCUUGGAGAAUCGUGAGAGUUUCAACCAAGAAUCUGUACCAAAAUCCUGCCAUGAAUGGCGUAAUACCUAAAUAUUUGGUUCACAGACUAUUUCCAAACUGUAAAUUCAGUAUAUGGGUGGACGCCAAGCUUCAGUUAAUGGUGGAUCCAUUGUUGUUGAUUCAUUCUUUAAUUGUGACUCAGGAUGCAGAUAUGGCCAUUUCCAAACAUCCGUACUAUAUUCACACAAUGGAAGAGGCAAUGGCAACUGCCAGAUGGAAGAAAUGGUGGGAUGUUGAUUCCUUGAAGAACCAAAUGGAAACUUACUGCGAAAAUGGGUUGCAACCAUGGAGUCCCGGUAAGCUUCCGUAUACCACAGAUGUACCAGAUAGUGCCUUAAUCUUGAGGAGACAUGGAAGGGGAAGCAACCUAUUCUCUUGCCUUUUGUUCAACGAAUUGGAAGCUUUCAACCCAAGGGACCAAUUGGCUUUUGCAUUUGUGAGAGAUCAUUUGACCCCAUCCAUCAAAAUCAACAUGUUCGAAGGAGAAGUUUUCGAGCAAGUUGCUUUGGAAUAUAGGCACAAUCUCAAAAUCAAAGCAACUCGUGGCCCUGAACUGGACCCCCAAAUCUCCAAGCCCAUACGAACUAAGAGGGCCGGCCCUGAUUUGCUGUAUGUCAAUGGCAGUUGUUGCAGCAAGUGUCAGAAAUAUCUUCUCCAGAUGUGGGGUGACGUUUCCUGAUUUUACUUCUUUGUCCUUUUCUUAUGCCACGUGUUUGUUCUUCCCCGGGGACAAUAGCGUCAAAAGUAAAAGCUUGACAGGUCAGCCACACUACCCCUUUUUUCCUUUCUUCUAUUAUGGACGAUACGGCGUCGUCUGGAUGCCUGUGUAACGAGUGUAGGUAAAUAUUGGGUUUAGAAUACUUACCAAAUGCAUUAUUUCCUUUUAUUAUUGGAAGGUAAAUAUUAUUUACGAAAAAAAUAUGAAAUCGGACAUUACCAAAUAGAUUACGGAAUUUUCUUU